UUCAGAACAGUGUAAUUUGAAAGCCACUUUCAAAUGUGUAAGACAAUGAAAAGGGCUUGUGACAUUCUUGGAUUAACGACAGUGGGCACUGUUACAACCCUUGGACUAAAGGGACUCUAGGAGAAUAUGGUUACAAGAGAAAAACUGGAGCCAGACAAGGCUGCUUGCAGAGAGAUGUGGCCAGGGUGCAGCAAGCCUGCUGAGAGACAGCAGAAGGAAUGCAUUCCUGAUCUCCUCCAGCCUCCCAUUGGUGUUGCCACUGCCAAGUCCAGCCAGAAGUGAGAGGACAGGGGUCUGCCAGGGUGGCCCAGUGUCCCAGGGCCCAGAACAAAUGGAGCGUGGUGGAGGGUGGACCUGAGGAGGGGAACAUAAGAUAUUCUGCACCACAGGCACUAAGAAAUGCAUAUUUGUAUUUGAGUGGAUGAUUUUCACGUGUUAGAACAUGAGGCCAAAAUCUAGAGGUUUCACUGGAAGAUGGCAAUCCUAAAAGUGGGCGGAAUAGUUGCAAAGCUAUUUUAAUAACCCAGGAAAGAAAUGAGGAAGGCCUGAAUUGGAGUAGAACUGGUGGAAGUAGAGGAGACGGAAGAAAUUAAAUGGAUUGGUAGGAAGAAUCCAUGACUCGUUUUCUAGAAUGACUUCAUUUCGUUUUCGAAUAACUUUUAGGAAGGUAAAGCCUGAAUCUCUUCGUCAGUAUGAUUUCUGCCUCUGUCCCCAAUGCAUCCUUCCAUCCUUCCCUGUUCAUUUUACUUGGAAUCCCCGGGAUGAGGGACCAGCACAUCUGGGCUGCCAUCCCCUUCUGCUCCAUGUACAUCCUUGCCCUGGUUGCGAACAGCGCCAUCCUCUACAUUGUCACGAGGGAGAGAACUCUGCGCGAGCCAAUGUACCUCUUCCUGUGCCUGCUCUCCAUCACCGACGUCUUCCUCUGUUCAACCACGUUGCCCAAAAUGCUAGCAAUCUUCUGGCUCAAGUCCCACGUAAUUUCCUACCGUGGCUGCCUCACCCAGAUGUUUUUUGUGCAUGCAGUCUUUGCCACGGAAUCAGCUGUUCUGCUGGCCAUGGCUUUCGACCGCUACGUGGCCAUCUGCCGUCCCCUGCAUUACACAUCCAUCCUCAAUGCCGCAGUGAUCGGGAAGAUGGGUCUGGCAUGUGUGAUCCGUGGCUCUCUCUUUGUUUUCCCCUUUGUCAUCCUCAUCGAACGCUUACCCUUCUGUGGACACCACAUCAUCUCCCACACCUACUGUGAGCACAUGGGCAUUGCCAAGCUGGCCUGUGCCAGCAUCAAGCCCAACACCAUUUACGGUCUCACGGUGGCCCUUUCGGUCACUGGCAUGGACGCGGUCCUUAUCGCCACCUCCUACGGCUUGAUCCUGCGGGCGGUGCUGCGCCUGCCCUCGAAGGAUGCCCAAUGCCGAGCGUUUAGCACUUGCGGGGCCCACGUAUGUGUGAUCCUUGUAUUCUAUGUACCUGCCUUUUUUUCCUUUUUCACCCACCGCUUUGGCCACCAGGUACCUCCUCAUGUCCACAUCGUACUGGCAAAUCUCUAUCUCCUCUUACCCCCUGUCCUCAACCCCCUGGUCUACGGCGUUAACACCAAACAGAUCCGCCUGAGGAUUAUUGGCCUUUUUAUGGGGAGGAGGUAGUUCACUCCCUCCUUUCCCCACAGACAGAGGGGAACGUUGUAGCUACUUCUCUACCUUCUCAUGAACCUCUUAUCUGUGGACUAGACGUUGCUGUUUCUGCUAAUUCUAGCAAGCCAUUACCAUGUAUUAUCUGAGAGUGUUUGAAGUAGUUUGACACUUGAAUCUAAAGAGGGUCUCCCUACAGAACCUGACUGUGGGCAGAACUGGCACUACGACCAGGAUUUAGAAUCUGGCCGAGACUCACUACUGUUUCGUCUUUGCAAGAUUUCGUGACGGUUUUGUUCUGUCUCAUGGAUUUUGCAGUGGACUUUGCAAUGGACUUUUGACAAACUGUAAUACUUUGCUUCCUUUGGACUUCUGGGAAAAGAAAAAUGGUCAUGUUUGGAUUCAGGGGUUGGGAGGAGGCUGGGGUAUGAGAGGCUGCGGGUACUGAGGGAGACAGUGGCUAUGGAAGAAAUGCCCAGGUUGAGUGCAGCAGAACGAGCAUGAGAAAAAAGUGAAGUCAGAAAGUGGUGCGGGAUGGACAGAACUUGAGGCUGCUGAUGCUAUUUCACCAGGGUACCAACAACAGAGUUUGCACCUCUGUCUAUUUAAUGCACCUGAAUACUUCAGCCAGGGGUAAACGCCCCCCCAACACACGCAUACACACAAGCUCUCACAUGCACACGUGUGUAGGAAGGAGGCCCUUUAGGACACGCAAACUGCCAGGCCCUAAUCUAGUUCCAGACUUAGCUUUAACUUCAUCCUCUCUAUCCUCAUUCUCCUCCAGGACUGGCGAAGGCUGAACAGCCCCAAGAUCCCUAAGGUCAACCAGCCUUUUCUCCUGGGAGCCCAGGACAACCUCCAGGGUCAAUCUUAGACAUAAUGGUGGUGGCGCCUUGCGUGUGUGUCUGGGGAGAGAGGGAGUAACACAGAGCUACUGCUGGGAUCCCUGGGGGUCUUUCCUUCAGUUACUUAAGAGCCACACCUUGGAGUCUAGGUGCCCGAACGUGAGGCGUGGAAGAUGCAGGACCAUGAGUGUGCUCACCAAGGGCCAAACACGUUUGCUGAGAUGCACCCACCUUGGUGUGGACACGCUCAUACACACACACUUGGAGAAGGGGUGUGGGACUAGCUUUCCAUGGGCUCACUGCCUCUCAUUCAGGUAAGUGGUUGUAGCUCUAAGUUCACCUUCUGGUCGCCUUGUCUCUGAGCCUCAGGUGCUCAGAACCCCAAGGCCUGCUUCAUUCUUAUUCAUCAUUAUACAUUCUCUUAAAAAUGGUCCCCACAGUUCCUAAAUCUGCGGUAAGUAUGUAUUCUUUAAUUUUUGGAUUAGAAUUCUACUCUAAGUUUUUAGGUUCUCUUACUUUAUCAACAAUUUUUCAUUGACCGUGUUUGACACUGUGCUUGCUAAGAAGAGCAAGGGAUAUUUUGUCAAUUUUUCUGUGUAUUUCUAUUUUUGUUUGUCUCAAGGUAUUUUAAAUUUCCUUUUCGGAUGUCUUCAUUGACCCAUUGUUUUUUAUUUUAUUUUUUCUUUCUAUGGUCUCACCUGCUGCAUACGGGCGUUUGUAGACUAGGGGUCAAAUCAGAGCUGUGGCUGUGACCUAUGCCACGGCGUGUGGAAACGCCAGAUCCUUAACCCAUUGAGGGAGGCCAGGGAUUGAAUCUGCAUCCUCACAACACUGUGUCGGGUUCUUGACCCACGGAAGCACGACACAAACUCCUAUAUUUCUGUUUUUGUUCCACGUACUUCAAGUUGCUGUCUUUCAGGGCACAUGCAUUCAAAAAUACAGCAGUGUAUUCUUAUAAAUUUAAUGGUGUGUCUUAAAAUAGGUAAUGAAUGAAGUAUCAGUUAAAUAUUUCAUAAAUAAAAUUGUAAUAUAAAACCUUUAUCAUGAAAUAUAU